AAGGGGAUAGAGAAAAGGGAUUUUUUUUGUUGGAAAAAAAAAUAAAAAGCCCGAGUCAUCGGCGUGAAGGAUGAAAUGAAGGACGGACUGCCUGUAUUGAACGAGGGGAGAGAGGGAGUUGGAGUUUGCUUGUACAAUCCGGUGCUAAAUAGUUUUCCUGAUUUAGUCGGCCAAAUGUCUACCAUAAGAUUGAAAUACUUCUGCUUUUGCUGGCUACUAUAAAUGAAUAAGAUGAGCUCUAGCUGUGCAGACAGGGAUGACAGUAGCAUUUUUGAUGGAUUGGUGGAUGAAGAUGAUAAGGACAAGGCUAAAAGGGUGUCCAGGAACAAAUCUGAGAAGAAACGGCGAGACCAGUUUAAUGUGCUCAUCAAAGAGCUUGGCUCCAUGCUUCCAGGUAACAGUCGAAAGAUGGACAAGUCAACCGUAUUACAGAAAACAAUUGUUUUUUUGCAGAAGCACAAAGAAGUCACAGCACAGUCAGAUGCAAGUGAAAUACGGCAGGAUUGGAAGCCUACAUUUCUUAGCAAUGAAGAGUUUACUCCACUAAUGUUAGAGGCAUUAGAUGGAUUUUUUAUAGCAGUGACAACAGGUGGAAACAUAAUAUAUGUAUCAGAAAAUGUGACUCCAUUACUUGAACAUUUACCAUCUGAACUUUUGGAUCAAAAUUUGUUGAAUUUUCUCCCAGAGUUGGAACAUUCAGAUGUUUAUAAAUUCCUCUCUGUUCAAAUGCUGGAAAAUGAUUCUUUGACUACAGAUUAUUUAAACUCAAGUAAUCAGCUAGAAUUCUGUUGCCAUAUGGUAAGAGGAACAACUGACGAUAAACAAGCUCCUGUAUAUGAAUAUGUAAGAUUCAUAGGAAGUUUAAAAUCAUUGAAUAAUGUGCCUAAUCCUAUACGAAGUGGCUUUCAAGGAGUUAUACAAAGAUCAUUAAGGCCACCAUAUGAAGACAGAGUUUGCUUUGUAGCAACUGUCAGAUUAGCCACACCACAAUUUAUUAAGGAAAUGUGUUCUGUUGAAGAGCCAAAUGAAGAAUUCACAUCGAGGCAUAGCUUAGAAUGGAAAUUCUUGUUUCUGGAUCACAGGGCGCCUCCAAUUAUAGGCUAUCUACCAUUUGAGGUACUGGGCACAUCUGGCUAUGAUUACUAUCAUGUGGAUGAUCUAGAGAAUUUGGCGAAGUGUCAUGAACAUUUAAUGCAGUAUGGAAAGGGCAAGUCUUGCUACUACAGGUUUCUUACAAAAGGACAACAAUGGAUCUGGCUUCAGACUCAUUAUUACAUUACUUAUCAUCAGUGGAACUCCAGGCCAGAAUUCAUAGUCUGUACACAUACUGUUGUAAGCUAUGCAGAAGUACGAGCAGAAAGGAGGAGAGAACUUAGCGUAAAAGAUCCUCCACCAGAGAUUGCUAUAGAUAAGGAUUUUAGUUCUGACACAAAGCUGAACACAGUGAGUCUGAAGGAGGCAUUAGAAAGAUUUGAUCACAGUAGGGCAACAUCUGCUUCCUCUACGAGUUCAAGGAAGUCUUCAUCAUACACUGCCAUCUCUGAUCCAGUGUCAACAUCCUCUAAACUGCAGACUGAAACCAGUAUCCCUACUCAGCAGACGAUUGCAUCAGGUCGUGAAAUGACCCCACAAAGAAGGUCAUCAUUAAACAGCCAGACAGUGAAUGCUCAAACAGUAACACUUUCACAACCCAUCCUUGGUGAACCUGGUGCUUCUAUACAAAUUCAGCCAAGCCUCACACAGCCUACUUUGCAGUUCUCAGCACAGUUAGGAGCUAUGCAGCACCUGAAGGAGCAGCUGGAACAAAGAACACGGAUGCUGGAAGCAAACAUACAGCGUCAGCAGGAAGAACUACGCAAAAUCCAAGAGCAACUUCACUUUGUUCAGGGUCAAGGAGUUCAGAUGCUUCUCCAAAAGCCAUCAACAGGAGCAAACUUCAGUUCAGUCCGACUCACAACAGGAAACACCUCGAACAUCCAACAGCCUACAACCAUAACACUGCAGGGACAAUCUGUUCAACCCAAUCAGGUUCAUGGGGGAAUAAAAACUGGACACAUUAGCACACCGUGUGUAAUGCAACGGCAGCCUCUUCUCAGGGAGCAAAUCGCCACUUCAUUGCAGGGUCAACAAACUUUACGAACUAGCCACAACCAGCAAACCUCAUUUUCCAGCCAAACACAGAACGCCCUCACAGCUUCCCUCUAUAAAACAAUGAUGAUUUCACAGCCUACUGCAGCAAAUGUUGUGCAACUUCCUUCCACUUUAUCCCCAAAUUCUAACCAAAGCAGUGCAGUUACCACUUUUACUCAGGAUAGACCACUAAGAUUCACUCAAGGACAGCAACUUGUGACAAAACUGGUGACAACUCCUAUGGGAUGCAGUGCAGUCAUGGUUCCAACAACUAUGUUCAUGGGGCAAGUAGUGACAGCCUACCCCACCUUUGCCACUCAGCAACAACCUCAGACACUGUCACUGAUUCAAAGCCAGCAAGAGCAACAGCAAACCGUCACAUCUCCACAGCAGUCCCAAACACAAGCCCAACUCUCCCAGCCCCAACAAUUCCUACAGGCACCUCGAUUGCUCCAUGGUAGCCAAUCCACCCAGUUUAUCUUGUCAGCUGCUUUCCCUCUACAACAAAAUACUUUUACUCAACAGCAGCAGCUCUCACGGCCAAGGACAGACAGUUUAUCGGAUCCUUCAAAAGCACAGCAAGAGUAAACUGUGACGAUUUUAAAAAAAGGACUAAUUAUAUCAAGUAAUCUCUAUCUCUAAAAUUGGGCUUUUUAAUCUUAGUUCAUUAUUAAAAUAAAUGCAGUGUUCUGAACUCUGCUGCUAAUAACUGGUGAAACUGGUAUGUUCCAAUUCUGGAAAUGCAUCCACUCACUACGAGGUGCUUUUAGACCAACACAAGAUGAUUCUUGAGAAAGAGGGAGAGGUUUGGAGGACUUUCUAUUUCCUUGAUUGACAGUUUUCUAUUUCCUUGAUUCUGCAAAAAUGCACUGCCAACUAUUGUCCAAUUUAGAAAACUUAACAAAUUCAGAAAUCCAGAAAUGAGCACUAAUAUAACUAGUUUUUAUUUUAAUGGUGACAUAAAUGACUGCUUUUGAUGUUUGCAGAGUGUAGUCACUCCUGUGUGCUGCUGCCUCUGUGAUUUAUUUGAAAUAUUAUGAAGAGAAUUUAAAGGACAUUUGGUGUCAAAUGAUUAUGGGUCAGAAAAUAUUUUAUGAAAGAAUGUGCUAUUGUAUAGAUUCUGUAAAAUAAUGUGUAAAUAAUGGAAAAGGAGAGAAAUAUUUUAUAUGAUGCAUGAAAAUAAUCUGUUCAUAUGUUUGAAUAUUGCUAACUACAUUUCUGAAAGAUGCAAAAGUUAUUUUAAUUUUUAAUGUACCAUUCACUCAACAUAUACAAACCAUAUGUCGUCAUUGGUAUGUUCCAACUGCUGAGGUCAGUUUGUUUACUGUGCUGCUUCAUGGGAUAAAAUGGGAUUAAAAUUGUCAUACUGACUGAAAAAACAAGUUAUGCAAAAUAAAUCAGAUACUAAGGACUACUUGUUUCCACUUGAAUUGGAAAAUCUGGAUUCCUGUUUUACACUUGAACCUGAUUUUUCUUUUGGGUUCCAUUGUGAUGUAAUUGAAGUGGCCAACAUUAAAAUUUGUUUGCAGAAUAUGUUGGUACAAAUUCUGUAGUAGUAAAGUAGUAAAGUUAAUUUUCACACCAAAGUCACCUGAUUUUUUCUUUGUUUCCAUUUAAUGUGAAAUUUGU